AUGCUGUUUAAUCUCCGUCUGGCCCUCGUGGCCACGAUGCUCCUGGGCGUCGCCCUUGCCGAGCACACGAACAACUGGGCAGUCCUGGUCGGCACGUCGCGCUUCUGGUUCAACUACCGCCACAUGGCCAAUGUGCUGGCCAUGUACCGAACCGUCAAGCGACUCGGAAUCCCCGAUUCGCAGAUCAUCAUGAUGCUCCCCGACGACAUGGCGUGCAACCCUCGAAACUCCUUCCCCGGCACUGUAUACAGCAACUCCAAUCGCGCCGUCGACCUCUAUGGCGACAAUAUCGAGGUGGACUAUCGGGGGUACGAGGUCACCGUGGAGAACUUCAUCCGGCUCCUGACCGACCGCGUUGGGCCCGACACGCCCAGGAGCAAGCGCCUGCUCACGGACGACCGAAGCAACAUCCUGGUGUACAUGACGGGACACGGAGGCAACGAGUUCUUGAAGUUUCAAGACGCCGAGGAAAUCGGUGCAUGGGAUCUGGCAAAUGCGUUCGAGCAGAUGUGGGAAAAGAAAAGAUACCACGAGAUCCUCUUUAUGAUCGACACGUGCCAGGCAAAUACCAUGUUCAGCAGGCUGUACUCCCCCAACAUCAUCGCGACCGGCUCCUCGAAGCUUGACCAGUCCUCCUAUUCGCAUCACGCCGACAAUGACGUUGGCGUGGCCGUCAUUGAUCGAUACACGUACUACAACCUCGAGUUCUUGGAGGGACAGGUCAAGGACAUCAACAGCAAGAAGUCGAUUGGCGAGCUAUUCGACAGCUAUGAUAUCAGCAAGAUCCAUUCCGAUCCUGGCAUACGCUACGACCUCUUCCCCGGGGGCGCCGACGCAGCACGUGGGCGCCUCAUCACCGACUUCUUUGGAAACAUUCAGAACGUGGAGGUGGACAAGUCAAAGGAUCCCGGUUUCGACGAGGAGAUGCUCGAAUUGAGCAAGACCAUUGCCCGAUUGAUGAAAAAGGCAGAAGAGGAAGAGGCUGCCGCACUUAACCAAACUGCUAGCAUGCCAGCCAGCGUGCCCACCGAGCCUGCCAGCAAGAUACUAGGCGCCACUGCGUUGACAGACGAUAGCUGGUGGUCAAAGAAGGUGAUCGGGGUGUCUGCAUUGGCUGGAUGCGCUCUGCUCUGGGGGCUUGCCUGGUCCUGCGAUGCCGAGCUUGCAGUGGCCACGGACGACACGGUUCACAUCUUCCUUCCCGAGUACAACAACCAAAGCGAUGAAUCCGAAAUUGCCAUCCAAAGCCAGUUCACGUUGUCCAUCAGCGCAUCGAAUUGCUUCAUGCCCUUGACGGGUGUCAACAACCAACUCUGCGCUCAAGCUGGCGUCACCCUGCCGCCCACAAAUCUCACUCUGAAGCAGGAUGGCAUCACUCCAGGGUUCUCGAAGAGCGCUGUGACCGGUCGAGGGACGGUCUCGCAAGUGGUCAGGGUGGAAUGGUCACCCAACGGACUCGGAGCGAACCUGCGUCCCAUCCUCAUGGUCCUGACGACAAGUGGCGAGCUGCUUGCACUGGGCGAACAGGAUGACCCUGCUACGUCAGGCGUCGCAUCAUUCCAGACGCGCAACACCAAGAUGUGGAAGAUACUCUGGGGAAUAGGUGCUGGCAUGCCCAUCCCAGCGGAAGACCACGAAGGUGCGUACCGCACAAUGGAUGAGCGCAUCGUGGGCUUUUCGUGGGCCAAGGAGGCUGCCCCUGGGCAAGCCCUGCUAGCAUACGAGACAGACCAAGACGAGAUUGUGGUCAUGAGCAUCCAGCAUGUCACCCGGCCAGGAGGUGGCCAUGUAUGGCAAGUUCGGGAAGCGGCUCGCUUUGAUGGCGACGGCCCCCAUGGCACGGAACUUCCACUGUACAUGGCUGUCCGAUCAUCCGUCACCGCCAAGAACCAGGACUGGUACGAAACGAACGACAUUGAAGGCCAGUUUCCGACUCCGUUAUGGGUACGAUCUUUGAGUCGAAAGCCUACGCGCACGGGUACCCGCUACGAAGCUCCGCAGGCACUGGCAGAUUCAGGUUCGGAAGAGUCGUCGUCAGACGAGGAGCAAGCGGAAGACGAACGAGUUGAUGAAGAAGGGAUGCACACUGGUGCUAUGGAAGGCGUUCAUCGAAACGGAGCAGACAGGAGCCCCAAGAAGAAGAUACCUCUCCUUCGAUACCGGCUACAAGGCGUCGCUCUGUCCCCUGGGGGCGGAUGCUCUGCAGUCCUCGUCGAGAAGCAAAGCACAGUUUACCCUGGCCGUAAGGCUGCUUGCAAAGUCUACUUCUCUCACAAAGUAAACAAGGCAGAUGACGACGAGGGGUCUCCGCUUGGCACUAGUAGCAAGAAAUUGACUACCGAGGCUCGCACGUGGGAGUGGAUGUAUGGUGUAGGCGAUGAUGUACCAGGAGUCACGGUGCCGAUCGACCAUGCCAUGCUCGAGGGUCACUCGCCGAUGCGGGACUUUUUCAAGUUACUCAAGGCGAAGCAGAAGUGUCCGCUCUGCCAAGAAAAGGUGAGACUUGAGGGACUGGAAGCCAGGUGCUCCAACAACCAUACGUUCGCCUCCUGCUCGUCUUCGGGCCUCGCAAUCCUGGCGCCGGGUGUAUCCAGGACUUGUGCUGUCUGCCGGAAUCGAUGCCUCAAGUACAGCGAGCUCGUCAGGCUGGCGACGGAGGAGUAUGGUCCUGCGGCACCGUUGCCUGGACCGGGAGAGCUGUGCGGAUACUGUGGGGGGAAAUUUAUCAUCUAG